GCAGUGUGUUCAUUUGGAGUUUGAAUUUUUCCAUUAGCUCAUUUCCCUGGCUCUUUAGCACCGAAUCGAAUUCCGAAUAACUCAAUUACCACAGUUAUGCAAGUCUCCGGUCCAGUGGCGUCCGGUCAAGUCCAUCACGGCGCGCCAUUGACCACGAUUUCUUCAUCUUUCUCCGAUAUGUGUUCCAAUUUUUCCCUCUAUCGCUUUUCCGCACCGAUUAUUGAAUUAUUUGUGGUUGUUUGCCCGCUAUUUCCUUCCAUGUUGCAAUUUGGUUCUCGGUCAAGCAUAACAGCCCCAAUGUGACAAAUUCAAUUACCAGGUCAAUUUCUUCACAAUGUCCUUUAUCUCUUAUUCAUACAUUACAACACGCAAUUGCAGAAAUUUCGUCGCUGCCACCUAUAAAAACCCUCAACCUCUUAUCUUUCCAUCAGUGGUGUCCCGUUGCAGAGAUGAAGUGUCUACUGGUGGCAAUCUUUCUCGCACACAGUGCAAAAUGCAUGGAGAGCGUCUAUUUGAAACGCUCUGAAAUUGAAGACCAAGAGUCCUCCGCUUCGGGUUACGCGUAUCAGCUUCACUCCGGAGGGCCGUUAAGUUACGCCGCCCUCCCGGCAGCAGGGGGCCUAAAUCAUUUCGCUUAUCCUCCGCUCGGCUUAGGACAAUAUUCGCAAGAAAUACCCCUGCAAUUACCGGAGUACAAGCCGCUAGCGCCCGUCGGGGUGGUGCCCCUCCAGACCUACGGCCUGCAAGGGCAACCCGCCGCCUACGGCAUACACUACCCCCUGCAGACGCACCAGAUCAGUCCGGCCCCCAUUCCGGUGCCGGUGUCUGUGUCCGAAUCGUCAAAAUUCGCAAAAGGCGGUGGCUCAAGUUUCUCCGACCAGAACCAGAACAGUCACGGGGAAAAAGGCUCCACUGGCUACAAGACCGUGCAAGAAUACGACAAGGGGGCACAAGGCAAACACGACAACCAAGGCCACAAAGAGCAUUACAGUAAAGAGGGCGGGCAUAAAGCGGCCCAUCACGACUCCGGUUCUCAUUACAACCAGAAACAGGAAGCGGCCAAAGGCUCAGAAGGAUCGUCUUUCGGGCAAUCAUCGAGUCAUAAGAAAGGCUCAAAGACAACAGGUUUCCACCGCGUCCAUCAUAAAGACGAGUAUAAGAAGGAUCAUACGUUUUACGACGAAUCCGAUGCUAGCGGACACUUCAAUAAACACGGCGAUUUCGAUUCCCAUCAUGCGGCCAAAAAGGGCGGAUUUGAGAAAGGUGGACACGAAGAUGGGGCUUAUCAGGCUGGGGAGCAAGGAGUUAAAGGAUUUGUGGAUAACGGGAAAUAUGUCGGCCAGAAUAGUGGAUUUAAGGGAGAACAAGGGAAGGAAGGACAUUAUAAGGACUUCCAGGAGUACGCCAAGAAGGGGGAGCAGCAGCAGGGAAAGGAGCAAGGAUUUUAUAAGAAGGAUGUUCUACAAGCCUUGCAGUGACGCGUGGGCGGAGGACUGUUCUAGUGCGAAGGCGGUUAUUAUUUAUUUAAUCUUUGUUAACUUAUUGCAUAAUAAAGCUUUGUGAUAUUCGAUGAA